UGGCAGGACUAUUUACGCAUGAUGCAGAGAACACGAUCAGCUGUUCAUAAAAAUAACGUAAAUAAACAGUAUUGUAAAAUUUUUAUGUAGUUAUGUUUUAAUUUAAAAAUAUGUUUUCUUAGAAAAAAAAAUGAAAAUAAUUCAUACUUUUUUCUAUAUCAUUAUUUUUUCAAGAUGAUUUCAACCAGAUACGCAUCGUUUAUCUCGGGAAUUAUAAUCGCAUCAAUAACAUGGGCGUUCAGUCUCUAUCUUUAUUCAAAAUUAACUCAAAAUUCAAAUGUAGUAAAUCCUACGAUGUUGGUUUCGGAAUACACAAUUCCACUUGAAGAAUCAGUAUUUAAGCAAAAAAUAAUCCAUAGUAUUGGUGAUGGAAGAGUUGGUAUAAAAAAAAAUAGUGAUAAACUUAUUCAACAAUUACAACCAGUACCAAUUAAAUCAGCAAUGGGAUUAGAAUAUGGUCUCGACGAAUUAGGCUUAGUACGAAAUAUAGAUGAUCAAAAAAAAAGAGACGAUGGCUACAAAAAAUACGCUUUCAAUGGUUUAGUAUCAGACAAUAUUGGAAUAAAUAGAAUAAUACCAGACACUCGAAAUAAACUUUGCUCAUCAAUAAAGUACUCAAAUAAAUUACCCAAUGCCAGUAUUGUAAUUUGUUUCUAUAACGAACACUACAUGACUUUAUUGAGAACACUGCAUUCUAUUACUAAUAGAACACCAGAAAAUCUUUUACAUGAGAUUAUUUUGGUCGACGAUUACAGUGACAGUGAUGAAUUACACAAUAAAAUAAACAAGUACGUAAAUGAUAAUUUUUCAGGCAAAGUAAAAUUAUAUAAAACAGAAAAAAGAGAAGGACUUAUAAGAGCUAAAAUAUUUGGAGCGAGAAAAGCAACAGGUGACGUACUUAUUUUCUUGGAUAGUCAUAUCGAAGUAAAUAAAAUGUGGAUUGAGCCAUUACUUUCAAGGAUUGCCGAGUCAAAAACAAUUUUGCCAAUGCCAGUUAUCGAUAUUAUUAAUUCCGAUACAUUUCAAUACACAGCAAGUCCGCUGGUCAGAGGAGGUUUUAAUUGGGGGCUGCAUUUCAAAUGGGACAAUGUACCAAAAAGUGACUUAAAUAACGACCAAGAUUUUGUAAGACCCAUUAAGUCACCAACGAUGGCCGGUGGAUUAUUUGCAAUUGACAGAAAAUAUUUCAUUGAAAUGGGGGAAUAUGAUGCAGGAAUGGACACAUGGGGAGGAGAAAAUUUAGAAAUAUCAUUCAGAAUAUGGAUGUGUGGAGGCAGCAUUGAAUUGAUACCUUGUUCAAGAGUUGGUCAUGUGUUUAGACGACGACGACCUUAUGGUAAUGAUCGUGAGGUAGACACGAUGUUGAAAAAUUCACUGCGUGUUGCUUACGUUUGGAUGGACAAAUAUAAAGAAUAUUUUUUAAAAAAUAUCCAAGUAGUUGACUACGGUGACAUUUCAGAUCGUUUGGCUUUACGUGACCGAUUAAAAUGUAAAGAUUUUGCUUGGUAUUUAGAAACAGUUUAUCCAGAACUGUCACUUCCGGAUGGUAAUAAGCAGAGUUUAAAAGAAAAAUGGAGUAAUGCUAAUCAACAACCUAUACAGCCAUGGCAUUUAAGAAUAAGAAAUUAUACUGCUCAGUAUCAAAUAAGAUUAACUAAUUCUGGACUUUGUAUUCAAAGUGAAAAAGAUAUUAAGACGAAAGGUUCUAAAUUAAUACUAGUACCUUGUUUACGUGCUAAGUCUCAAAUGUGGUAUGAAACGGAUAAAAAUGAAUUGAUCCUGGGACAAAUGUUGUGUCUAGAAGGUAGUGGGAAGAUUCCGAAACUUGGAAAAUGCCAUGAAAUGGGAGGAAAUCAAGAAUGGCAUCAUAAAGGAACAACUGGUACUCCCAUCUACAACAUUGCUACCGGUACAUGCUUAGGAGUGAAACGAGCAAAUAAAUACGCACAAAUAAUAAUGGACUUAUGUAUGAAGUCUGACGCUACAUCAAUUAGUUGGGAUAUUGUACAUGCGUUUCCUUCGAAGGAUAUGAGGUGAUCAACAUUGGAUCUUCAGUAAUAAAAAUAAAAGUUAAUUUUAAAGAUAAAGCGAACAAUUUUAUAAAUUUUAGGAUAAAUUUAAAAUUUUUAAAUCUACACGGUAAAAUUUUCACUGAUUUAAUUAUCGUCUUAAAAAAUAUUAACUCCGUUAAUGUUUUUUAAGAGAUAAUACAUAUGUAUAAAUUACUUGUAAAGAUCAAUAAUAUUUAAAUAUUGGAAAACUUUCAUUUAUAAAUUUGAAUUUCCCGGUAGAUAUUAUGAGAUAAUUUAAUUUUUUUAACGAGUUUGAUUAGAUAUUUGAAUACGUCUAUUAUUAUAUAAUAUAAAGUUCCGAAAAAAAAUGACUACUUGUUCUUUUAAGGCUGGGCCAUACGAACUGAAUUUUUGAAUUUUACUUUUCUUUUAAGUUAUCAAUUAAUUGUUACUGCAGUUUUUAUAGCUUACGAAAAAAAGUCCAAGACAAACUUUUUCGUGAAAUUUUAAUCAUUCGAGUGGCAUAAUUAUUUAAGAUGUAAUUAGAAAAGUUAAAUUCUUUGGUAAACUUUUUUUUUACGAUCAAAAUUAUAAAAAUUCAAAUCUGUCUCAAGUUUAGAAGUUUCACAUAUCGAACGUUUUUGAAUUUUUUUCAAACGAAUCUUUUUUACACCGAAAACGCAGUAUGUUAAAUUAAUACACAAAAAUGUUAAGUAUUUAACAUAUAAUUUUUACACAAAUACAAAAAUUUUUUACUGUGUGCCAGCCCUUAAAAUAUUUUUUAUUCUCAAUCUUCUGAUUGUUCUUCAACUUUAAAUAUUAAUAGAAAUGUUAUACAUAAAAUAUUAUACUAAAAUCUUUUAUUUAACUGAAGAUCGGAACGCUUUUCACGCAACGAAGAUGAAAAUAAUUCAUGAAAUUUGUGUCUAAAGGCGACUUAAGGGGUAGUUGGGGGGUGGCCUGUCUUUUCAUUUCUUUUUUUCUUAUUUUCGUUCCGCGAAAAACCUUCCGAUCUUCAGGUAUAUAAUCUUUUAAAUAAAAAUUUUUUAUUUGAAAUAAAUUUCGAAAUAAUCAUGUUCAUGUAAUUGCGAUAUUGUUAAUAAUGAUCAUAAAAAAAUACAUAAAAUAUCAAACACAUACUUGACAUAAGUCACGUAGAUUUUUAUAAAAUUUUUAAAAAUAUUUUCUGUUCAUAACCAGUUUAAAAUUUUGUGUCUUUGUGCAUAAAAAUUCAGUGGUUAAAUAUUUUGUGUCAAUUAUUUGACACCAUCAAGCGUAAAUUUAACUAAAGUUGAAUGUGUUAUCUGAUCUCAACAAAUUUUAACCCUGUAUUAUUGUUUGACACAAGUAAAAUGUGUUAAAUUAACACAAUAAUUGAGUGGACCAUUUGGGACAUGUGAUUUGUGUUAAAUUUAACACUAAUUUUUAAACUGUAUGAGUUGAUGUUAUCAUGAAAAAUAUUUUAUUUAUUAUUUUAUAUUGGCAACUACUUAUAUUUUUUUAUUUGUAAUAAGUAAGUUUUUUAUAAAAUUAUGAAUAUAUUAAUUUUAUACAAAAUAUAUAAGAACUUAAUAAAAUAACUGUUUCUGAAUCUAAA